GCCGAGUUGUCUUCCUCAUAUCUUCGUGGAGCUUGUUCGCCGAGGAAGCGUGCGUUGUGCUAGUCAAUGAAAAGGGCAUGUUGGCCUUCGUAGUGGAGAGUUUGUAACGUUUCCGUUCUGUUCUUCGAAUGACAUCUUCCACGCAUUUCAUCCACCCGCAUUGCGCAGAUCGCGCCUCUAGCAGUAAAUUGAUUAGAAGGCUUGGCUGACAUUCACCACGCAAACAUCUAUAAGAUCGAUUGCACGGAUAUCGCCUUGCUUCAAACGGCCUACCAAUCCAGUGUACAGUGUUAACACGGCGCCAAGCGCUGCCUGUCGCUUCUGAUCCGGUUACUGUCGCGCAAGCUGGAGGCGCAGGGAUUCAGACAACAACGCAGCGCCUCGCAUUCGAGCGCAGACUACGCAGAUGUCGGUCGCGAGGAGAAGAUGCGGCGGCGAGGAUCUGGAGCGAUGACGGGACUGCCUCGGUGGCGCGAUCUUGACCCGCUGCGCGUCUUCCGAACAAGUCGCUUCUCAUACCAGCGAGUGCCAAAUGGUUCUCCCUUUGACUUCCAGCAGUAUCGCUGGCCGUCGCCGGGCCGGCUGUCGGAAAAAUGGCGAUUUUGGUCUCGAAUGUCAACCACGAGACUCAUAUGCUUUGCGAUAGCAUCCGUCGUGUUCUUGUCGUUGUUGGUUGGUGGAGGCUAUCAUACUGCGAUUAACCAAAAGGGCAAAGACGUUGACGGCCGUUUGCCUUGGCAACACUACUACAGAUUGGAUGGUUACUACAACGGCGUACGGACGUUGGUGCCGCAUUCGAAGUGGGAACCUGACAACAAGUACAACCAAUCGAUACCGCCGACACAACAGGAUCAGCAAGAAGAGCUUCAACUUGGGAAGGAGCCACCUUUGAACGUCGUCAAGUACAAUCCGUACCCAAACUUUGCAUCCGAGGAGUAUAGGAAAGAUCAUCAACCAGUGCAAGAAUGCUUCCUCGACGACGGACAAGAUGUACGAGUACCGGACGUCUACGCGUACCCAGGACUACCACAGCAUAUGGUUGACCCUUUCUUCGGCUCGUACAAGACGCUCGGUCUUGCGGACGAUGUAUGCUUCGAGCGCUUCGGCAGACUAGGUCCGUAUGGCUACGGCUAUAACGUAAGAGAGGGCGGAAUCGGAAUUGGCAACGUUUCCGAGCGAGCUGGAAGUGAGCAAGUCUUUGCGCAGACGGGCUACGUCAACUACACGAACGUCGACUGGGGAUCUGCGCAGAAGCAAUGCUUUGAGAAGAACAAAGCGCGCUUCUCGGUCGAGCAACCCGAAGGCAAGAAGCGUGUUCAGCGGCAUGCUUACGUUCUGCGCACCUGGACCGGCUACCAGUACAGCGAAUAUCAAAUACUAUCAUUACGCGCCAUGAUUGCUGAACUCGCGCUCAAAUCCGGCGGCGAGUAUGACGUACACUUUCUCGUACACGUGAAGAACAACUCAAUACCUAUAUGGGCCUCCCAAGCCGUGUACAAAGAGACAUUACAGAAAAACGUGCCACGUGAAUUCUGGAACAUUAGCACCCUCUGGUCAGAACUUCAGAUGGUGAAUUACUACCCCGAGCCCUUUCCGGACAAUUUCGCCAACAUGGCCGGCGCCGGCAUCCACGGUGUCUACCGCUCCGCUCACUUCCCGCUGCAAUGGUUCAGUCAACAGCAUCCGGAGUACGACUUCAUCUGGAACUGGGAGAUGGAUGUGCGGUACUCUGGCCACUACUGGGAGUUCAACAACAAGGUGGGCGAGUGGGCGAAGAAACAACCACGCAAAGGUCUAUGGGAGCGUGGCCGCCGCUAUUACAUCCCGCAUAUCCACGGCGACUGGGCCAACUUCACAUCGUUCGUCGAGCGCGAGACGCAGGAGAAGGAUAUCGCUACCAACGACAUCGAGCGCAGCGGUCCCGUUCCGGUUUGGGGUGCCGUCCGCGACUUUGCCAAUAGCGGCAUGCUCCCUCCCUUCAACGCCACCCUGCCGCCUCACUCUUACGACUCCGACAACUACCAAUGGGGCGUAGGCGAAGACGCGGACCUCAUUGUCUUCAACCCACUUUUCGACCCGAGUCUGACCAAUUGGGUUUUUAGUUGGGAUGUCACAGGCUACAAUCGCUCACUCCCCGUGCCGCCACGUCGCGCUGCCAUCAUCACCGUCGCUCGCCUCUCGAAACGCCUGCUGCAGAUCAUGCAUGAUGAAACCUGGGCCCAACGGCACACCAUGUUCGCCGAGAUGUGGCCUCCGAGCGUUUGCUUCCACCAUGGACUCAAGGCUGUCUACGCGCCGCAUCCGGUGUACUUUGAUCGUGAUUGGGAGUUGGAGCACAUGAAUCAGGUGUUCAAUUAUCCGAAGGAGAUCUGGGAUAGUCCGUUUGGGUGGGGAGAGCAUAACCUGUUGGGCAGCUCUUUCUACUAUAAUUCCGGCUUCAGCGGGGCGUUGUGGAGACGGUGGUUGGGGCAGGCGGAGAAUCACGAAGGCGGAAGACGGUGGGAGGAGGAGAGGACGGGAAGGAUGUGCUUGAGGGCGACGCUGCAUCAUCCGAUCAAGACGGAGAAUGGGCCUGUCGAUCCGCCGGAGGAGGGAAAGGCGUCGUGAGCCCUGUCUCGUGCGGGUUGGAAUUGGAUGGUGUUGAACGAUAACGAUUGACUUCAUGAAAGUAUGGUUAUGCAUAGCAUGGGAGGGCACAUAUCGCGUUCUAAGAGCGCGCUUGCUCCGAUUGUUGACGUCAAGCUGGUUUGCUAAAAGUAGCGCUGUUCGAUCUGAGGAGAGCCCUCGGUCCUGUGGCCAAGUGCGUCGCGUCCAUACAUUGUACGUAGGAUACAGAACAAGCAAGCAGUACGUGGAC